AUGUGGAAUAUCAAGUUUUUCAAAUACAGACUUUAUACAGAAAAAUCUUGUAAAAAAGCCAUAUCAAUACAGAACGAUGAAAAUAGACAUUAUGGUAUCUUGAAAUUCACUCCUAAUGAUCAUUAUGGUUGGCUUGAUACAUUCAUUGAUAGAAAGCAGUUUGUUUUCCCAUCUCUUGAGGACAUUGAGAAAAUAUUUGAUGCGUGUUCAAUAUCGAUAGAAUGGGACUGGUAUUUCUUUUUGCAAGAACCAUUGCCGGAUGAAAUAGGCGAAGACCCAAUGAGACUUGUUGUUUGCUAUGUUUAUAUAUCUGGUGGUACUUACCGUGUAUCAUCUGAUGAUAACGGGAAUUGUCAUAAUUAUAUUCAUGUCCGAUGUGGUGUAUUUCCUGCAGAUGAAAACGAGACAAUGGAAGCUUCGAGUGAUGCUUUUUAUGCCGGAUGGAAGAUACCAAACAAGGAUAUCAUACUAAGUAAAGGUGGGUUUGCUACCAUAACAAUCGAGCAAACAAUUCCCUUAGGAUGUGACUACAGAGCUGACAACAGUUUGGUGAAAGAUGAGAUAUGGACAAAGAAAAAGUAUACAGCACAACUUUCAUCUAUAGACAGUGAUUAUGAUGAUAAGACCGCUUUUGACCUUGAAUUAGUAUUGACGUACAACAGCUUUGAUGACCCCGGACCAUCGGUAAUUGGUGAAAUUCAUGUUGAUAUAACGGACAUAAACAGACACUGGAGUAAAAGAUGUUAUUCUCACGUGGACCCGCAUAUGAAAACUGUAGACGGCAUACAUUACGAGGCACAGAGAGAGGGGGACUACAUGUUGUACUUGAAUGAGAAAUUUCAAACAGAGGUACAAACAUCUGCAAGAUAUUGCCGUCUUGGGUACACGCGCGGUCCAGUUUGUGCCUGUGGAAUAGCAAUAGCUGUUGGUGCCGAUCUUUUUGUUAUCAAUAGAUGUCAUGAUCAACCUUUCAAGUUCGAUCUUUCAUGCGGAGAUGGUGGACUUAUUGAUAUUGAACAUAUCAACGACUACAGAUAUCUGGUUCGAACACCAAUUGGUACAAUGAUUGAAAUACUUUUAUGGGGUAACGUAAUGAACAUAGAUGUGUACAUGUCUGCCAAAGAUUUUGGAAAUGUGGCUGGACUUUGUGGAAACUUUGACGGGGAUAGAUCUAAUGAUCUAGAACAUAGAGACGGAACUAUUUCUGAUGAUAACAACAGAAGUUAUAAAUUUGCUGAUAGCUGGAGAUUGACUGAUGAAGAAAAUCUGUUUAUAAACACAAAACGUAAACUUGAUCACUGGAAUGUAAAUAACGUUGGCCAGACAUGUGCAAGAGCGAAUUCAAUAACAAGAAAUAAAUGUAAGAUCAGCAAAAGGCAAAGACGAUUAGUUCCUGAACACUCAAAAAUGAAUACACAUUAUCAACACUUGCUGUCGCGUAAAAAGAGAGCCAUACACAGUUUUACUGAGGACGAGGCAUUUCAGCUAUGUAAUCAUUCAAUUUAUACAACACCAGCAGUCCAAGAAUUCCCAGAUCAUCUCGCAGGGGAAGACCCAGAUGUUGUCGUAGAACAGUGUGUUUAUGAUUUGACGCAAGGAAACGACACAGCUUGGAUUGAUGCACACGUGACUAUUCUAAACAAUGCUGCCGAUACAAUUCUCAGAAUGAGCCCAGUGUAUGUCGCUAAUAACACAGAUAAAGUGAACUCGUUUCGUAGUGAAAUUUGCAUGAAUAAUUGCAGUGGAAAAGGAAUCUGUACAGAUACAGGUCUUUGUGCAUGCAAUGGAAUAUUUCGAGGACCUGAUUGCAGUAUUGACAUAAGUAUCCCACCCGUUGUAAUUGAAAUAGAAGGUGGCGGAGUGUGUACAAUAACGGAUGAGGACGACUGCACAUGUUUUCAAAUAAGCACAGACAACAUAUUUGAUGGUUUUAUGUGCAACAUCACCGAAUAUACGGUAUAUUCCAAUGGUUCACGUAUGGAAGGAAAUAAUCAGUAGGUCUUGGUUAUUACGAGGAUAUCUUUACUGGCGAAUGCUGUGUCCCAACGGCGAUAAGAAAUAGCUCUUUCGAUUUCAACAACGAAACCGACAAAUUGUCUGUCAUAAUGUACGAGCUCUCUAUCAGCAAUGAUGGUACAAAUUAUGGAGAUGUUAACCCGGUAUAUAUCUAUGAUACAAUAUGUAUUGAACAUGUCGAGUUAAAUGAUGCAGUUACAUUCAGACUGAAGAAAAGCUAUUGCUUCAUUGCUGCUAUGUGCGUUGCUCAGAAUUUCAAAAAAUUCGACAAUGAUGCAUGCUUUACAUGUGAUCCUUCAAAUGACCCUUACGGUUGGAGUAAAUAUGAUUGUGAAGAUUCAGGUACAGGAUUGGGAAAAGGGGCUAUUGUAGGAAUCGUCAUUGGCUCAUCAAUCAUUGUUGUAGUAGCAGGUGUGCUGAUAUAUGUGUUUGUAUCCAAAAUUUUAAAGAAACACAGUUCAUCAAUCGGCGUUCAACCAAAGUCAUGGGUGUCAGAUGAUGAUUUACAUAGAAAUACAACGCAAAUGAAUGGCAACCUAACAAAAUUUCUCAAUCCAGCUAAAACAAAGUUUCAACAGAACGUAAUGAUCGGUGCAGUACAUCAAAUUCACCAUGGUACAAAGAAUAUCUCAACUAAAGAAACCGAAAUGAUCAAUAGAGAGGUCGACAAUUGUGAAAGUGAAAGUGGGCAACGCUCUGCAACACCAAACAAUUCAAAGCCCAAAAGGGACAUUUCAUAUAUAGAUAUUGAAUUAGACUAAAAUAUAGUCCGCAUGACAAUAAAGAAAAAUGAAUAAAUGUACAGUUUAUUACUAGAAGUGUAUAAACGAAUGUUAACAAGCUUGCAGAAACCUUUUAUUACUGAUAACAUUUUAUAACGAUUGAAAUAUUAUGCAUAAAUCAUGUUAGUUUGUAGAAGGUUUUGAAUAGACUUCCAUGUACAUUAUCUUUUACUAGUAUUUAUAUUAUAACUAAGUUAAUCGUUAUAAUAUUGGUUCAUUCCACGGGGACGUCUACUUAAAUUUUAUUUUGAAGUAGUAAUUAACUUUAAAAUUGUUUCAUUUACAACAUCUACCUAUUUGUAUUGAAAGUAUCUUGUUGCGUGUGCAAUAGCAUGCAUAACUCUUGUUGGGUUUUUGAAUAUGUAGGCUAGUUUUCCGAAUUCCUUAUCUGAUACUUCAAGUACUCAUCAUAACAUAUUUUUUUAUUGUUGUUUUUUAUUUGUUUAUUUUUUUAUUUUUUUAUAGUUUUUUUUUUUUGUUGUUGAUUUUUUUUUUAAAAAUAUACCUUACUUUUGAAAUGAAUAUUUAUUGAGUCACAUCUGAAGUCACCGUCAUGUAACAAAAUAUGUGUAACUAGAAGACAGGCGAGAACGUCAUCGAAUGCAUUAAGAUAUCAACUUACAUUUAUCGAUUCAUUAUAAUUCUUAAUCACUAAAUUAUUUUCAGAUAUCGAUUUCUAGUAUACCACUAUUCGAAAAGAAAUUACUAUUUUACAAUAGCUUAAUGAUUUAUUCACUGGUUCAUAAUAGGAUAUCUGUGAUACAAUUAAUAAGUAUGAUGAUAGUAUUUAGCAUCAUUCAAUACAAUGAACCAAUGACUAAUGAUAUAAGGAUGUUGUGGGUGUUAGAUAGCAUGAUCCGGUAUAUAUUAAGUAUUGAUAAAUAUCAAAUAAUAAGAUAAAUGUUAUAGAACAAAAUAUUAUCAAUCCUCAAAUACAUAUUCAUACUAAAUCAAUUAGAUCUCUAUCAUCUUUUUCAAGAACAGUU